ACCCCAUUGGUUUCCAUAAACACUGAAGUAAAACUGUUGUAUCUCGUUUUAUUUUUACUGCCGGUGGCCGGGAAGAGUGAACGCAAGUGACUUGGGCUCGACAUCAAUAUCCUAUAACAGAGACAACAGAUGUUAUCAUAUCACGAUAUGACUGCUCAGGCGAGCCACACGGAAAUGCAACGUGCAUCAACUGCCGUCAACUUCCGUUAUACUCACUUUGCAAUGCUAUGCAUUGACCACAAUGGAGAGCUUCGAGUCGAAGCGUCACCAUCCAUCGCCGGCUGCGAAAAGGCAAUCUUCACAGAGGACGUGCAGGAUCGAUUCCUAAAGUCGAUCGCCACAGCGUGGCAACCCAAUCUGCAAAGUCUCCACGCUAACACCUUGAGUCACAUGAACGGCGAUGUCACGGGAAAGCCAAUGCUCAUGUCCAGUCCGUCCCUCGCAAUGCAAUCCGCUUGGUAUCAACAUGGCCUACCCAGACAGACAGGACUUAUUCCUUGUGAGUGGCAGUCACUGCAAAACAAGCGUCAUCGGCGCAGCUUGAGACACGAACUCUCGGGCAUCGGACUGGAUCUCGACUCGGCUUCACCUACCCCGACGCUAAGACGAACCGCGCUUCGACUUGGACAAACGGAUCUCGUGCGACGCUAUUAUGAGAAGGCUUUCGAAGCUUUCCAGCAGUUGAACUGUAGGGUCAUUGCAAAGGCAUUCAUCAAGCAGGUAGAGCCGCGCAAGCAAGUCAAUCAUCCGUACAAUGGUCGAAGGGCUGCUGGAGGAUCAUCGCAGAAAAAUGACUCCGAAUUGACUAAGCCGAAGUGGUGGCCUACAGGGGUGACGCAUAGAGAACCUGACCAUCUUCAAAAGGCCGAGAGAAUCAAGCUGCUUGUCCACAUUCUGUGCGAGUUAAAGGAAACCCGAGGGAUCACUGCCGAAAAGCUCAGAGAUGCCGGACAAGAUGUGCGGCGUCAGAUCCAACCCGAGGGACGUCUACAGAUCUUGGAUGAGAUCUAUUACGUUCGCUAUAUGGAGGAGCUAUACAUUGAUGGAAAGAUCAGCGGCGAUACCAUGAUUUAUGUUUCGCAUGUCCAUCUCGAUGAAGUCUUUUUAUUCUCUGAGAUGCGGGAUCAAACAGUUAACGCCAACUCUCGCGAACUGUCUCUUCCGAUUAUUAACGGCAAGCCGGAUGCGCCCAAAUCAAGCGAGGACAGCAACAAGAGCCCCGAGAACCAGAACGAAGCGCAGGCCCCUGCGGACAAAUCGCACACUGAUAUUCCUGUAUCAUCAGAUGAGAGGCGUCUACCACCCAUGGAAGGAAUGCAACAGGCGAAACGCCCCGCAACCCAGGACUACUGUUAUCCUCCUUCACCGGUAUCCAGCCCCUCGAUCAGUCGAAAGAGCUCCUUAGAAAGUGGUUUAUCUACCUAUUCCGCCGAUAUGGCUGCGCCGAUGCUGUCAUCAAGUGAGCCCAGCAGAGGUCCUUGUGCUCCCAGGGACCUCCACCCCGCUGAAUCUUCUUGUAUUCCGGAUUACUUUGGCCAGCAAAUAGCCGCCCCAGCUGCUGGACAAAAUCCCCAAUCUGGAUAUUGGAGCCUUCCCGCUACCCAUGCGCCACUUCCAUUCAAUGGAUACUGACAUGGGGGAAUAAAAGAGGACACGGCCAAACCCCCGUUCCAUCAACGCUCUGUAUAUACUCAAAUUUUCUCUUGUACCAAGAUUCAGAUCCCCCGGCUACCGCACUUCCCCUUUUCCUUUGUUGUAUCCCUCUCUUUUGGUGUUUUCUUGGUUUGGAAACUGGCUGCGCUCGAUGUACACGGUAUCAUGCUACAUUUAAGAGGCGCAAGUGGCAGAUAUAUAAUUUCUGUGAUAUAGACAUAUUUCUUUUGUGUUUUGCGUUUUCAUUAGUCA